CAAGAAAGAAGGUAUGGAAGAACCGAAGCUAUUUAGUUAUUCUGCCGAAGCUCCAAGCACAACCACCUGCAAAACCACUUUUCGUCACCAGACGAAUAUGUAGUCCGAUUCAUCCAAAUCCUCGGAACACGAUCACUCAACACAGGACAGCAUGAACAAGCCGACAGCGAAGCCUCCAAGACGUCAGUCAUGCGAUAGAUGUCAUGCCCAAAAACUCCGAUGUUCACGCCAGGGGACUGGUAGUGGGGACCGGUGUACCAGAUGUUCUCGUCAGAACGCAGAGUGCGUGUACAGUACAUCUCUUCCAAAGGGACGACCAAGUGCGCAUCGAUUACAAUUAGCUGGUGCUAGCGCUGGCGCUGGCAAUGGCAAUGUUAAGAGCAGUCGCAGUGAGGGGGAAAGCAGGAUCAAAGAGGGUGCGAACGGCACAGAAAAUGAGAAUGGCACAGCGAGUGUGAGUAUCGCCACAAGUACCGAGACUACCGCUAUCGUCGAUAUUGGAGGACACGAAAUCCAAGCCGAAUUGGAUUGCAUCACAUCAAGCAACACUCACGGCAACGACAGUGACAACAUUACGAUCUCCCUCGUUCAAUCUCCAGAAAACCUUACACCGCCAUCUAUCACAGAGCGAAACCGGCAUUAUCCACCUAUACCACCUCCGAUUACCACUACAUGGGAAAGAGAACACGGUCUACUCACAGCUCCAUUUUCGAGUCCUGGAACCAAUAUCUCAUUCGGAGACGGAGAUGCUGGACCAUGGGAUUCGGAGCCGUAUUAUUGGUCUGACUGGGUUGGCAGCGAUCUUUCGGUGUCGGGCCGUCCCCUUUCAGCGCUUACCCCUCCAAGUACAAGUCAUGGUACAAGUUUGGCAGGACAUCCUUGUACCGACACGGUUUCUCCUGCAGCUGCAGCGCCAACACCAAAUAUAUUCAAUCCAAACUCUACGUCUUCGAAUUACGACUCGCAUGGCCAUUCUGCACAUUCCGGACACGGCAGAGGUGAUUAUGGCUCGAUACCUACAACUCAAGGCUGCAUCACGCAAUUAUCUGAGUUGCUCACUCGACUCAGCUCAGCCUUUGCUGCGGCUCAGCAGGAACUGAUACCUGGUUCUCCAUCAUUAGUCAUCAAUACGGCCUUCGAUUCGCUUGCGGCCUUACUUGUAUCGCCGACUGUCGUACUGCCAGGUGCCGACCAAGCAAGUGACGCAGUUCGGGAUACGUUUUCUGCAUCACAGCGGCUGCUCGAGAUUCUGCAUCACUUGCAAGAUCUUCAGCUCGGAGAGGAAGGUGGGAAAAUGGAUGUGGAUUCUCCAUGCUUACCUGCGCCGCCCCCCACACCACCCCCACGCAGUCCUCCCAGCGGUGAGCAAUUCAGUCAACGGACCCGAUCUCAACACUCCGAUACGGUCGUCCACCAUCUGGUCUUGGCCUGUCAUAGCCUUUUACUCAAUAUUUACGGUCCCCUGUUAGCCGCUUUACAGCAUGAUGCACUUGCUAGCGACUCCGAUGGCGUGCUGGCGCCAUCUUUGGUUGAUAUGCGUUUGAUUUUGCUUGUGCAACUCUGUUCUUACUUUAUUGAUCGCUUACAUGAGGGUGUAAGCGGGCUGUGUUUGCAAACGACGGUCGAUUUAGAAGCUGAAAUUCAGCAGAAGUUGCUUCGGCUAAGGCGUACGCUGCAUAUUUGAAUGCACAAGGUUCGUUUUUGAGUUAUUACGUGUACACAUAUUUAACAGG